AUGACGGGCGACAACUACCCGCUGCACCCGCACCUGGCGACGUUUCAGGCGAACAAGGUGGUGGAGCUGCUGGACCUGGCGGCCUUCAGCAGCUGCAUGACUACUGCAAAGGGGGACGCGUCGAGAUGCAACGUGGGGGCGCACGCUGUGGGGAGGGAGCUGCCGGUGCCGGACCAAGAGAAGACGUGGAAGAACAUAGUGAAGAUGGAACCGGGUUACAUGACGACGGUGGUGGUGGUGGCGUUCAAGCUGGUGGCCGCGAACCAGAGCUAUAAUAAGGACGGCAUUGGAGUUACUGGUAGAGAUGAGGCUGCAUGA